AUGGCCUUGAGGAACCACAGCACCAUCACCGAGUUCAUCCUCCUUGGACUAUCUUCUGACCCCAUGAUCCAGACUCUGCUCUUUGUGCUUUUCCUGGGGAUUUACCUCCUGACUGUGGUGGGAAACCUGAUGAUGAUACUGGUGAUCAGGAUGGAUUCCCACCUCCACACACCCAUGUAUUUCUUCUUAAGUCACCUCUCUUUUGUUGAUCUCUGUUUCUCUUCAGUCACUGUGCCUAAGAUGCUGGAGAACCUCCAAUCUCAGAAAAAAACCAUCUCAGUAAGGGGCUGCCUGGCGCAGAUAUUCUUUACACUUUUCACUGGAGGUACUGAAGUCUGUCUGCUUUCAGUGAUGGCCUAUGAUCGUUAUGCUGCCAUCUGCCACCCUCUGCUCUAUGGCCAAGUGAUGACUAAACAGCAGUGUAUGAAGUUUCUUUGGGGCUCAUGGACUCUUGGUUUUCUGGAUGCAUUUAUCAAUGUCUUUCUAGCAAUGAAAAUAGACUUCUGUGACAUAUAUAUUAUCCCACACUUCAGCUGUGAGUUGCCCUCUGUCUUCCUUUUGUCUUGCUCUGAUGUCACCACCAACUUAAUUGUUAUGUUCUGCUCUCUCAUCCCUCAUGGGCUUGCAACUUCCUUUUCGGUCUUAUUUUCCUAUGUCUUUAUCAUCUUUACCAUCUUUAACAUCACCUCCACCUCUGGCAGAAGCAAGGCUUUCUCCACCUGCUCCUCCCACCUCACUGCUGUGAUCUUUUUCUAUGGGUCGGCCUUUCUCCGCUAUCUCAUGCCAACUACCGGCUCGCCCCUGGAGUUGAUCAUUUCUGUGCAGUAUACUGUGAUCACUCCCAUGCUGAAUCCCCUCAUCUACAGCCUGAAUAACAAGGAGGUAAAGGCAGCUGUGAAAAGAACAGUAGGAAAGUACUUAAGUUUUAAGUGA